GUCCUGGAACUUUGGGUAAAAGGAAACAGCUCUCUGCCGGACUAAUAAUGUGAUGCACAGAAAAACAAAACAUGGCGGCCAACAUUGAGCAAAUCUUCCAGGACUUUAUAUUGAAUAAAAUCAGAGAGAUUGAAGACCAGGGUGGAGACAAUGCUGCCUAUGAAGGAGUAGAUGCUGCGGAGAAGGACAGAGAGGUAACUGAAAAAUCCUCCACAGUUAGAGAGAAACAUGGAGAAACAAAAGACUGUGUUCUGGAGAAGAAACCAAAGAAGCACAAAAAACACAAAAGUAAGAAGAAGAAAAAGAAAAGAGAACAUGAGAAGGGCAACAGUUCAGAGCCUGAGACAGAACUGGAGGAAAGCAAACAUCAGUCAAGGAAAGCAGCGCCAACGGAGUCAAAUGCGAAUGAUGAGGAGAAGAAGAAAAAGUCCGACACCCACAAGCGGCACUCAACAGGAAAGAAAAAGAAGAAGAAAAAGCGGAGAAGAAAACACGAUGACAACUCGUCAGACUCGGACUCGGAGUACUUGUCAAAGAUAGACAGGAAGUCCGGGACACGAGAGGAGCUGGAGCUGCCGGACAUCAUCCCCAAACAAGAUAGCUCCAAUCAAGUCAGAAGAGACGAGAGCAAACGUGACGGGAGUUGUUCUCACUCACGGUCACAUUCCAACAAAUGUUCACAUUCCUGCACAGUGACUCGAACUUCACGUUCACGGUCAAGACACCGGUACCGAAGGUCCAGGAGUCGCUCUUUAUCCAGUUUGCACCAACACAGAGCUCGGUCAAGAUCCGCAGAAAAGAAGACAACUUUGCAGGAGUCCUCAGAGGAGCCGUCAGAAGACCUGCAUCCACCUUCACUGGUUUUUAGUGGCUCACAGACGACGAACAUAUCAGAGAAAUUAACACAGUCAGCAGAGCCGCAGAGGCCUGAGCAGAGUGAAAAGCCAGCAGAAAAGAAAGAAGAUGCAACGCAACAAUUUGUUCGGGAUUGGUCUCUAUCCAAGUCUGGACUUAAUCAGUCCAAAUCUACUGAACCUGAGCGUACCACUGAGCCCGGUAGGUCACAGCGCAGAGAGUCGAACAACCCAGGCACAGAUAGAAAAUCAUCUGAGAAGAAGAGGAGGAAAGGGUCCAGGUCUCCUCAUAAAAGUGAGGAAGGAAAAACAUCAAAAAGACGGAAAACAUCCAGGUCUCCACACAGGAGCUGCAGGAGAGGAUCCAGGUCUGACAGCCGUUCGAGGAGGACGAGAUCCAGAUCUAGGUCGGGUUCACACUCUUGGUCGGCCUUAGGCAGCCGAAGGAGGACCACUUACAACCAGCGGGACCGCUGGAAACGGAACCCAAGUCACUCACCGGUACUCAUCCUCCGCAAAGACCGAUCCCCUGGGAGGAAGCACAGCAGCUCCAGCAGUAGUCCUCACCGCAUCACUGAUCUGGAUAAGGAGCAGCUUUUGGAAAUUGCCAAAGCCAAUGCUGCUGCCAUGUGUGCCAAAGCAGGCAUGCCCAUCCCUGCCGGCCUCAGGUCCUCGGUGCUUCCUCUGGCUCUGCCCAGUAUGGCUGUAAAUGCUGCAGUGGCCAGUAUGACUGCAGCCACCAUGACUGCUGCCUUAUCCAACAUUGGCUCUCUGUCUUCACUGCUUUCACUGCCCACCAUAACCAGUAAACCUCCAGCUGCUGCCUCUCAGGCCACUGUGGCUGCUCUGGACGAGGCGAAGAAGAAAGUGGAGAAGCAGGCAAACAGCAUCAGCAUCAAGGAGUUCACUGAUAAGUGUAAGAUGAUUGUGGACAGUAAAGGAGAACUUCCAGUGGCGAUGCCUCACGUGUCAGACGAAGAGGAUGAUGGGAAACCAUUUGGAGUAGCCACUCUCAGAGAGCAAAAAGUUAUCAGCUUCAACAUCAGUAACACUACAGUCCGUCCAGGUGUGCGUAGCGAUGCAGGCAUAGCCAAAGAGUUUCCUGUGUCGUCAGGCUCCCAGCAUCGGAAAAAGGAGGGUGAGACGUUGGGUGCUUAUGGAGAAUGGGUUCCAGUGGACAAAACUACAGACAAAGCUUCAGGGGGUUCUAAAAAGCCCCAAGGACACACUUUCGUAGCAUUAGCCGCCGCAUUAUCCUCAUCAGGGGAGACAGCAGCUGCUGCAGCCGCAGAAGAAUCCCCUGAUGUUGUGGAACCGAGGCCGGUUCCUGUUAGCGACAGUGUGUUUCCUGACCCAGUGUUGCAGCCGGUAGAUAUAUCACAGGCAGUAACGGAGAGAAUCAAGGCACAGAGACGAUUGGCAGAAAACCCUUACGAUGUCAGCGCCAUCUGCAUGCUCAACCGGGCUCAAGAACAGUUGGACGCCUGGGCCCAGUCCAGCACUGUUCCCGGUCUCUUCACGGGUUCUACAGGAGCUCAGGUUCUGAGCUCAGAGGAGCUCUCUAACAGUGGGCCACAGGCCUGGCUAAAGAAAGACCAGUUCCUCAGGGCUGCUCCUGUAUCAGGUGGUGUUGGGGAGUUCUUGAUGAGGAAGAUGGGCUGGAGAACAGGGGAAGGCCUUGGCCGGAAUCGAGAGGGAACUGUGGAGCCAAUCAUUAUAGAUUUCAAGGUGGAUCGUAAAGGUCUUGUUGCUGAAGGAGAGAAGCCACAGAAGCAGACGGGAGGAUUGGUGGUGACCAAGGAUCUAAUGGGAAAGCACCCAGUGUCUGCCCUCAUCGAGCUGUGCAACAAGAGGCGGAUAAUGCAGCCUGAGUUUGUCAUGGUUCACCACAGUGGUCCUGACCAUCGCAAGAAUUUCCUUUUCAAGGUCACACUGAACGGUGUGGACUACCAACCACAGACACCGAGUCCAAACAAGAAACAUGCCAAGGCAAUGGCAGCUACAGUGGCUCUGCAGGCCCUGGGAGAGGUUCCUGUUGAUGGACCUGGACUCUACACGGGCCCUGUAUUUACUGCCGCUUCUACUGGCCCUCUGUUCUCCACAUAGUCUCAAAGAAGUGUGGAAUAUUGUCACAGAUCUCAACAAUAGUCUUUCAUCCUUGGAAUAUUCAAGUCCUGCCAGUGCUGUAUUAUUAUAACGAACACGAAUGGAUGAAGAUGAGUGUAGCUUCAUCUCAACUACGAAUUAUCUUCAGCUCAAUGUUGCUCACUGAUCUUUUUUUUUUUUUUUUUUUGGUGUUCCCAUGAUAAAAUUAUAGUUAUAAGUGUCUUCACUUGUAUUUAUGUAUUUAUGUUUGUAACUUGACAUAAAAGUAGCAUUUUAGCCUCAUGUACAGAACAUUACCUUAUUGACGCUCCUUGCAACUUGUUUUGUCUUAGUUUAGAAAAAAGACUUUAUAAAUGUUACUUCAGGUGCUGUUAACCAUGUGCCACUGGCAUUCUUAAAAUAAACUUUUGUCAGAGAGAUCCAGCUGGACUUCUGUUAUGAAA